AUGGAGUCUAUGGCUCUAUACCGUACUUUUAUGCCGAAAUACACGCAUUACAGUAGCGAUGGUGGAGGGAGAGAUAAUUAUAUUUCUGCAAAUAAUGGAGGGUUCAUCAGCUCAUCUCCAACACAAUCAUUAAGUUUUAAUGGCACUGGCUUGGGGAAAAAUCGACGGUUUUACAGUCCUGUGCCCAAAUUGCCUGCACCUAUCACAAAGUAUCACUCAGAUGGCUCUGGAAGAGAUAUUUAUAUUGCACAUAACAGUGGAGGCCUACAAGCUGCCUAUAUUCCUGGAUCUUAUUCAAAUCUAUUUGCUGGAUCAUUGCGAAAACAUCCUAGAGUAAGAAACCUUGAGUCAGAUUCUUUUAUGAAAGCAACUUUUAAUUAUCAAAGUAAGCAAUCUAGACAAAGUAUGCGAAAAAAUAAAAAAAUUAUAGAUAAAGCCGUGCUAAGAUUGAGCAGACAAAAAAGCAUAAAUCCUUCAAACUCGACUGAAAAGUUAAAAUAUAAAAGGCGAUGCUCUGUGAGUUUCUAUCAAACUAUGAACUAG